UGCAUCACCAAACAUGGCUGGAUGAGUUCCCAGGCCGCACUAUUAGAUUUAUUGGGGGGAGGGGGGGCAGCGGUGGUGAGAGAUAGAAAGAGUGAAUCAUGGACAGCAGCAAAGCGAGGGAUAGCAAAGAAGAAGAGAAAACAACGAAGAUCAGACGAUGAAGGGUGGCUCUGUAUCGGUUCCUGCAAGCCAAAACAGCGAUCGCCCAUCGCCACUGCGUCUCUUGCUCUGUCUCGCUCUGUCUUGCUGGUCGCACUUGCUGCCUCUUUCUCGCUCUCGCUCUCUCGCUCGCUCGCUGCUAGCGCUAGGGGAGGUUCGACGUCGCCGGUUGCCUCUCGUUCUCUGCAAAUCGCUCUUGCUCUCGCCUCUCGCUGAGUCGCUCUACAAAUCAAUGGUUUCAGUUCCACUAUUCCAGGUUCUUGGCAUGCAUAAGUGGAGAACUUGUUACAAUAUAAUGAGUCAAGAGAAAUUGAGUUUGAAGCAUAGAAAGAGGAAAUCCAUUGGUUGAAGAGAAUGUUGGCCAUUGUUUUAGAAAAAGUUGGAGAAAAACCUCUUGAUGAACCAUCAAAUGCAGAAGAUGGCAACAACUCUUAGAUGUGUGGGACUUUAAGGAUCCAAAGAAGUUGAAAGUUUAUUUUGACUUGAUAUACUUUUUUUCUUGUUUGUCUUUAUUUGAUGGAUUAUAUAUGGAACAUGUUUUUGAAUAUUAGAUUUGAUGAGUUCUGUCAUUUGUGGGAUAUGUUUUGAUAGACUAACAAUUUGGAUGACGUAAUUCAUUGAAAUUUGUAAUAGUUGUGUUUGAUAUUUUAAA